AUGAAUCUAGGAUAUCAACUCGGAAGUGAUGUCGGCGGCACCUUCACCGACGUCUAUGUCUUCACUCCUCACGGCCAAAUCUUCAUGCACCACGGCACCACAACAGCCACCAAUGCUGUCCUAGAGGGCAAAGGAGCGCGUACCGCGCUCAUGGUCACAGCCGGCCACAAAGAUAUUCUGGCCCUGCGUCGGUCUUAG